UGUGGUACUGCACAUUUAUAGAACACAAUUAUGCACAUUUGCAUAAAACAGAUUUAAAAUAUGAACACCUAAAACGACGCUAUGACCGCUCUCUUAGGUUCCUCUCUGCUUACAUAUUCUCAGCUUUUAAAAAUGUUUUACGAGUAAUUAUACUGGCGUACCUUUUCACUAGCGUUUGAUACUGCACUGCUAUUGCGUCCCCCGCACAUGCGUAGAAAGAGUAUUUCUUGCCAAUCAUUGCAGUCACUAUUUGAUAGCCAAUUGCAGCGGCGACUUUAAUCACAUGACACGUCACAGAGUGCGCCCUAAAGCCUGGUGUGUUCUCAAUGCAAGCGACAUUUCAUGUCGCAACAGGUGUAAACUUGUAAAGUUGUCAUUAUUGUCACGUGUAGAGUCAGUUAUAUUCAUUCUUAGCGCCAAACGAAUUUGUCGAAACGUAAUAGUGUUUAAAUCGGGAUAAUACUCUGAAACUAUGCCAUUAGAUGUUUCACUGUAUAUCUUGAGUUGACGUGACUAUUAGUUAUGAACGGGGAUACAAAUUCUGCCACUCGACAUGUUUUACAAGAUUCGAAGGAGGAGAGAAAUAAUAUUUUGGCCGCCUAUCAUAUCCUGAAAUUUUCCAAGAAAGACAAAGACUGCUUCGAUGUCGCGGACAUUGAACGUAGAUCUCUCGCUAUGAAGUACAUGACAACAAAAUUAUUUGAUUCGGAUGACACGGCAGCGGUGUUGUUUCAAAGAAGUCUUGAGGACUAUCAUGCCCUAAUAAAGGACAAGAAUGGAGUGAACAAUUACUGGAAGCAGAUUAAAUCUCAGUUGCAAGAUGUAAAAAAAGUUGAUCCACUGAAAUGGAAGUCUGGGCUGAAAGAUGAAGAUACCACACUGAACUUUAUAAAGCCUUUGGCUUGUCAGAAGCUCAAUACUCUACCUUGCAAAGGAAGAUCUUACAGCGACAGGGAUAUAGAGAAAAUAAUGAACAGUUCAAAGAAGACUGAUAUGCCAGAAAAAAAUAGAAAAAUUUCUACACAGCUACAAGUAGCUUCUAGUCCAAAUUUAAGUCAAGAACUUUUGUCAGGGUCUAAUAACAGCGACUCGCAGGUAUCUGCAUUUUUUGCGAAUACUUCUAAAAAUGAUAGUUUUAGAAAGCAUGCAAGUUACGUCAAACCAAAUCCACUUAAAGUACAAUCAAAUUCUUAUCCAAAUUUAAACAAAUUUGUACAAAAAAUGCCUCUUAAACCCAGCAAUAACGACAUGAAUGGUAGACACUCAUACAGACCGGUAAAUUCGCAUGCACCACAAUUAAAACCAGCUGCUCCUCCUCCACAGUCUAGUAGCGAAGACGCCAAGAUACCGAAGAUUCCUGUUGAUUCGUUUAGAAGCGCAAGGGACGAAUUGUACAUCCAGGAGAUGAAGAGAAAUAAGUCGGCUCCGAAGAAAACUUUGGGCGGCAAAAGUGCGGUCAAUUCUCAAUUCGUCUGUCCGUUCAAACGCGAUAAAGAGGAAUCGGCGCAAUGUUAUAGUACCCUCCAGCAAGGCAAAGUGAACGAAGAGGUGGAAGAUGAAAGACUGAGGAACAUCGACCCGAACAUGGUCGAGCUGAUAAAGAACGAGAUCAUGGACUCGGGUAAAACAUUAACGUGGGACGACAUUGCAGGGCUCGAGUACAUCAAGAAGAUCGUCAAAGAGGUGGUAGUGUUCCCGAUGCUGAGACCGGACAUUUUCACGGGUCUCCGCCGUCCGCCCAAGGGGAUUUUACUCUUUGGCCCGCCCGGCACGGGAAAGACUCUCAUCGGCAAGUGCAUAGCCUCGCAGAGCAAGUCCACAUUUUUCUCCAUUUCAGCGAGUUCUCUGACUUCCAAGUGGAUUGGCGACGGUGAAAAGAUGGUUCGUGCAUUGUUUGCGGUGGCCAAGGUCUAUCAGCCAUCCGUUGUUUUCAUCGACGAGAUCGACUCGCUGCUGACGCAGCGUUCGGAGACGGAACACGAGUCGUCCAGGAGACUGAAGACGGAGUUUCUUGUGCAGCUGGAUGGCGCGGCGACGUCCGAGGACGAUCGCAUUCUAAUCGUCGGCGCGACUAAUCGACCUCAAGAGCUGGAUGAGGCUGCAAGGAGGCGUCUCGUAAAAAGAUUGUACGUUCCACUGCCAGAGCUCGAAGCGCGUAAGCAAAUAAUAAAUAAUCUAUUGAAGUCGGUGCAUCACGAUCUCAACGAGGAGGAUAUCACGAAGAUCGCGGAGAAAUCGGCAGGAUAUUCCGGCGCUGACAUGACGAACCUUUGCAAGGAAGCGAGUAUGGAGCCAAUCCGAAGUAUUCCCUUCAGUCAACUUGAAGAUAUAAGAAUGGAUGAGGUGAGGCACAUAACGAAUCGCGAUUUCGAGCAGGCGUUGAUCAACGUGCGGCCCAGCGUGUCUCAGUCGGAUCUGAAUAUUUACAUUGAGUGGGAUCGCACUUAUGGAUCCGGUACUGCUCACAGUUACAAGGUCUAAGGUAUAUUCAAAUAAUAAUUUAAAUCUUAAUCUUGUACAAAUCAUUGAAAACAAAUUCUCUCGUGUUUUAUUUUUUUAACACCAAGUUUUCUAAAUACACAUUUUUAUAUGAAGAAGAAUCUUUUCAGUAAGAAUUUAUUUUUAUUUAAUAAUUUGAUUAUUAUAUUAUGAUUGAAAUGCCAAUACUGGCUAUUGUAGUGAAAAGGUAAGAUAAUAUUCAAUAACCUUCAUGCCAUAUUUAUUGAUUAAUCUUGUACAAAUCAUUGAAAAGAAAUUUUCUUGUGUCUUACUUUUUCUAACGCCAAGUUUUCUAAUAACUACCUACUUUGUAUGAAGUAGGAGAAUAUUCUUUUCAGUAAGAAUUUGUUUUUGAUUAUUGUAUUAUGAUUGAAAUGUUAAUACUGGCUAUUAUAGUGAAAAAGUAAGAUAAUACUCAAUAACUUUCAUACCAUAUUUAUUGAUUAAUCUUGUACAAAUUAUUGAAAAGAAAUUUUCUUGUGUCUUAUUUUUUUUAACGCCAAGUUUUCUAAUAACUACACACUUUCGUACGAAGUAGAAUUUUUUCUUUUUAGUAAGAGUUUCAAUCUGUUUUUAAUUAUUAUAUCAUGAUUAAAAUGCCAAUACUGGCUAUUAUAGUGAAAAAGUGAGAUAAUAUUCAAUAACUUUUAUACCAUAUUUAUUGAUUAAUUAAAUAAUGAUUUCUGUGACAAUUUAUUAUCACAUUUAAAGAAUAAACUUUUGUAAAUAA